GGCCUGUCAAUUCUGCAAGAGCCGAAAACUGAGAUGCGACAAUCUAGCUCCGCGGUGCAGUAACUGCUGCUCGUACGACAAAGAAUGUGCAUAUGCCGAGCGGAGUCGAGGGACGAGGCCCACCAACGCGAUCAUAUCGUCGCUCCGGGAAGAGAACCGGCUUCUGCGCUCCCAAAUCUCCCCGGAGCCCGCAGAUGGCAGGCCAUUCCCAUCGCCACCAGCGGCUCAAGCCCAGCAAGACAAUGUGGAGAUAUCCCAUGACACUGGAUCGACAUCUCACAGUGCCACUGCCAGGCCGAUAACACCGAGCAACCGUGCACCGGCGUCCAUCAGUAAGAAUGCGACAUAUCAUGGCCCGACCAGCACUCUUUACGAUGAGAGUCCGGUCACGCAGCAAUGGUUCACCGAGGAGCGAGAGUCUCGCAUGUCUACCAUGCUAUUUGCAGAAGCAGCACGGCAAAGACAAAUGGAAGCUGUCAACGCUGCUCGAGGACUGCUCGACUUUGACGGUGUAGACCCGGAGAUGGGACUUCAUCUCUUGAAUUUGCACUGGAAUCGUCAACACCAUUCUUUUCUCGUGACAUAUCGGCCAGCCUUCAUGCGUGACAUGGCAUGUCAGGGUCCUUACUUUUCCAAGAUCCUGCUGAAUGCCAUAUACUUCGGAAGUGCCAAGUUCAGUCCCAGGCUUGACCUUCGAAAGGAUCCCCAGGACGUUCGUACAGCUGGUUGGCGAUUUCGUCAGCGGGUGCGUGAACUACUAGGCGAGGCGAUGGACCAGAGCAAGAUCACGACGAUUCAGGCACUGCUGCAGAUGACGAAUUCCUUGUUCGCAUUGGGCGAUGAGCAGAGUGCAGCCUGGUUAUACGCCGGACUUGCGUUCCGCAUGAUUAUCGACAUCGGCAUCCAUGUCGAUGCGACUCUGAUGCCAAACGUGCGAGGACUCCAAGAAGAAGACAUAGAGAUUCGGCGACGAGUCUUCUGGAGCGCAUUCGUGAUUGACAAAAUUCAGUCAUUGUACCAAGGACGACCUGCGACACUCCAGGUCUCUCAAUGCGAUGUCCCGACAGUCUUCAAAGAUGAGUAUGAGGAACUGGAAACCUGGAGUCCUUUUGCAUAUAGCAGCGGGAACUUGUCUUUCUCAGGCUCUUGCAGCCACAGCGUCUCCACGUUCACGCAAUUGUGCCGCCUGUGCAUUAUUUUGAACCAAAUUCUCAACAAGUUGUACAAGGAGAAACGAGCGGUCGAGGGUCCCGAUGCUCUGACGAAGGAUCUUGCCUCUCUGGAGCAAGAGCUCACUCGCUGGACGGACCAGCUCCCAGUGCAUUUGAGCCUGGAUCUGGAUCGACAUGCCACAGAUUCUUCACCGCCUCACGUCUUGUCCUUGUUGGCCAUGGCCAAUGUCAUAAGCAUACUACUUCACAGGCCUUUCGUGAGCGACGGCCAUCUCCACUCAACAUCGCCUGCGGUCGCUGUCGACUCUUUCAAAAAAUGUGCGGCGGCCGCAACGAACAUCGUCAAAUUGGUGAAGAUCUACGAUCGUACGUUCAGUGUGAGCCGAGCACCCUACCUGAUCUCCUACGCCACAUACGUCGCGGCCACAAUCCAUGUUCGCAUAGCCUCAACACGAGGAGCACCUUCGGAAGCUCACGAGUGUCUGCGAACAUGUCUCAAAGUGCUCCGACAAAACAGCGAGACAAAUUAUGCUGUGCGCAAAGCUAUCUUCGUGAUCGAAGGCUUGAUGCAAAGGAUGCAUGUAGAUGCCGCAAGUCCACAGGUCACGACAGAA